AUGUCAUCUUCAGCAUUUCUUUCAUUGAUUCCUUCUCGAGUUACCACACCAUCGUCGGAUGUCGUUUGCCCCAUUGAGUAUCUUUGUCCCAAGAAAAGUGGAUGGGGUAAAUUCGUCGCCGGAGUGACAGUGACUGCUUUGAGCGUUGGAGUCGCCUAUUACAUCUACACCCAAUACCGCAAUCAAAAGGUUUCUGGAGGUGAUCGCCGUCAUCAAUCUGUCUCGGCAUCCGAUUCCGCUUCUACUGGAAAGCCCAAAGCUCGUGGUCGCAGCGAAUCCAAGGGCUCACGUGUGCCGAAGAACAGGUCUGCGUCUCCGAAGCAGCAAGCACAGAGGGAUGGCGAGUACACUCCACGAUCCAUCUCACCGCCAAUAAAUGAAGUCAAAUUGGCCACUCCAGCAUCAUCGGUUGCUCCACCUAUUCUCGGACCUGGCGAGAAUCCACCAAGGCCAAUCGUUCCUCCAGAAAUUUACGAAGAGACAGCGCUUUACGAGAAUCUUCCACUGCAGUCAAAGAUGGGCGCCUCUCCACAGAAAGCCCAAAAGCGAUGCACCUCCUUCUGUCUAUCUCUAGAUAGGAAUAUUUUCUUCUUUUCAAUGCCAAAUGCACGGGUGUCGAUGUUCAACAAAAUCGUU